GCUCCGCUGCCGGAGCUGACACGCAGCAGAUGGUCUCUAACCCGCAGAGAUGAUGGAAGAGAAGCAGCAGAAGCUCAGCCUGAAGCGAGAGGUGGGGCUGGUAGGAGCCGUGUCGCUGAUUGCGGGAACAAUGAUCGGAUCUGGGAUCUUCAUGUCCCCGCAGACAGUCAUCUCCUCCAUCGGCAGCUCUGGAGCCAGCCUGGUGUUGUGGGCCAGCUGUGGCUUGUUGGUGAUACUGGUGUCUUUCUGCUAUGCUGAACUGGGAACCGUUAUCCAAGAGUCAGGAGGAGAGUACAUCUACAUCCUCAGGACGUCAGGUCCAGUCAUGGCCUUCAUGUUGGCCUUCAGCUCUAUCUUAUUUGUGAGGCCUGCUGGAGUUGCAGGCAUCUCCCUGAGCUUCGCCCAGUAUGUCGUGGCUCCGUUCUACCCAGAAUGCCCUCCUCCAGUGUCUGUAGUGAAAUGUGUGGCUGCAGUUGCAAUCUUGGUUUUAGCCAUCGUAAACUGCAUGAAUGUUCGCUUUUCAAUGUCAGUGCAAGUGUUUUUUAUGGUGGCUAAGGUGGUGGCUUUGGGAAUCAUAGUUGUAGGAGGGGUGGUCAUGCUUGCCAAAGGAAACGCGGAAAGUUUUCAAAACUCCUUUGAGAACUCAAACGUGGGCAUCCAUCCCAUUGGUAUUGCUCUCUACCAGGGACUGUGGUCGUAUGACGGCUGGAACAAUCUGAACUAUGUGACAGAGGAGCUCAAACGUCCAGAGGUAAACCUUCCCAGAGCGCUGGUGAUAGCCAUUUCUCUGGUCACUGGCUUGUACCUGCUGGUGAAUGUUAGCUAUCUGACGGUGAUGACACCUAAUGAGCUCAUGUCUUCCACCGCUGUAGCCGUCACCUGGGGGAACAAGGUGUUGGGAAGCUGGGGUUGGAUCAUGUCGUUGGCUGCGGCCUUGUCUGCUUUUGGCUCCUUAAACGGGACGUUCUUCAGCGGGGGUCGAGUCUGCUUUGUGGCUGCCAGGGAGGGUCACAUGCCAGAUAUUCUCUCCAUGGCUCACGUCCACCGGCUGACUCCCUCUCCGGCUCUCAUCUUCACCACUGUGAUCUCUUUGGUGGUCCUCAUCCCCGGAGACUUUCAGAGUAUCGUCAACUACUUCAGUUUCACAGCCUGGUUUUUCUACGCCGUCACUCUGUCUGGACUGAUCUAUCUCAAAAUAAAGAAACCGGAGCUCCCCAGACCAUACAGCGUUCCCAUUGUCCUCCCCAUACUGAUCCUGCUUGUGGCCAUUUUCCUUGUUCUGGCCCCCAUCAUAGACCAACCUCAAAUCGAGUAUCUAUAUGUGGCGUUAUUUAUCCUAAGUGGCGCUAUAGUUUACGUACCUUUCAUCCAUUUCAAGCUUUGCCCGGGAAUGUUUGAUAAGGUGACAACGUUCCUGCAGCUGUUCUUGGAGGUCGCUCCAGCAGAGAAAAACCUCUGAGCUCAAGCUGCUGCAGGAGCUCUUAAAAGUUUUAUUCAUUGAGAACUCACAUUCUGGCAUCACGAAGAGCCUCCUCCUCGCCCUCCACUUCUUCCAUCUCU